AAUAGAUGAGUAUAAAUAGUUGGGGUUUGCUUUGGCUGAUCAGCCUAGUCCUUUUAACUAUAGACACAUGUAUUGAGUGGAGUAUUGAUCCAGGGGAAUAUGAUCCGGAGAUAACAAAUUUGUGCAGACUACUACUGCUAGGGGAGUGUUGAAUUUGAUCGCAUAAUGGCGGAAUUCAUGGACCUGGAAUCGCAGGAUGGAGUGAGAAUGCCGUGGAACGUACUUCCGGGGACCAAGCAAGAGGCUAGCAAUUGUGUAGUCCCUGUGUCCGCUAUCUACACUCCGAUCAAGCCCUUUCCCAAUAUGCCCGUCCUCCCCUAUUCUCCCCUCCGUUGCCGCACCUGCCGUUCGGUUCUCAACCCUUUCUCCACCGUUGAUUACGCCGCCAAGAUCUGGAUCUGCCCCUUCUGCUAUCACCGCAACCCUUUCCCGCCUCACUACGCCUCCAUCACCGACGACAAUCUACCCGCGGAGCUCUUUCCGCAGUACACCACCAUAGAGUACGAGACGCAGAGCCCCGGGGAGAAGAUGUCCUACUCGUCCAUUUUCAUGUUCGUGGUGGACACCUGCAUCAUCGAGGAGGAGAUGGCCUUUCUCAAGUCUGCCUUGUCCCAGGCAAUCGACCUUCUGCCAGACAAUUCGCUCGUCGGCCUCAUCACUUUCGGGACCUUGGUCCACGUUCACGAGCUUGGCUUCGGCCAGAUCCCUAAAACCUAUGUUUUCAAGGGCUCCAAAGACGUCUCCAAGGAGCAGCUGCUUGACCAAAUGGGCUUCUUUCUGAAGAAGCCUAAGCCCCCAGCUGGUGUCAUUGCCGGCUCCAGGGAUGGCCUCUCCUCUGAAAGCAUUUCUCGUUUCCUCUUGCCUGCCUCUGAUUGUGAAUUCACGCUCAACUCGGUCUUGGAGGAACUGCAAAAGGAUCCUUGGCCACUUCUACCGGAUCACCGCGCUACCAGGUGCACCAGCACGGCUCUCAGUGUUGCUGCCAGUUUAUUAGGUGCUUGUGUUCCCGGCUGUGGAGCUCGGAUCAUGGCUUUCAUCGGCGGUCCAUCUACCGAAGGACUUGGUGCUAUUGUGUCAAAGAACCUCUCCGAGCCAAUCCGUUCCCACAAGGACCUGGAUAAGGAUUCUGCUCUCCAUUAUCAUAAAGCUGUCAAGUUCUAUGAGGGACUUGCGAAGCAGCUAGUGCAUCAAGGUCAUGUACUUGAUCUGUUUGCUUGUGCACUUGACCAGGUAGGGAUUGCUGAACUUAAAGUUGUUGUGGAAAGAACCGGUGGGCUUGUUGUGCUUGCAGAAAGCUUUGUCCAUUCAGUAUUUAAGGACUCGCUUAAACGUGUUUUCCAAUCAAAUGACUAUGACCUUGGACUAUCAUCAAAGUAUGUUGGUAUAUUUGAAGUAAAUUGCUCAAAGGAUGUCAAAGUUCAAGGCAUUAUUGGUCCUUGUGCAUCACUUGAAAAGAAAGGUCCUUUGUGCUCCGAUACUGUUAUUGGCCAGGGGAAUACCAGUGCAUGGAAGAUGUGUGGAAUAGACAAAGCUACAACUUUAUGUGUAAUAUUUGAAAUAGUGAAGAAGGACAAUCCUGAUGUUACGGUUCAACCUUUAAGCAAUCAAUUUUACUUCCAAUUUUUGACUUAUUACCAACAUAGCACUGGUCAAAUGAGACUUCGUGUUACAACCCUCUCUAGAAGAUGGGUUGCUGGAAGUGGAAGUGUACAGUUUCAGGAUUUGAUUGCUGGAUUUGACCAAGAAGCAGCUGCUGUAGCCAUGGCACGCCUAGUUUCUUUCAAAAUGGAAAUUGAGGCCGAGUUUGACCCUAUAAGAUGGCUAGACAAAGCAUUAAUACAUCUAUGUUCAAGGUUUGGAGACUACCAGAAAGACAGUCCGUCUUCUUUUAGCUUAUCUCCUCGGCUUUCGAUAUUUCCUCAGUUUAUGUUUAACUUACGCCGUUCACAGUUUGUUCAGGUCUUCAACAACAGCCCAGAUGAAACAGCAUACUUCAGAGUCAUACUGAACCGGGAAAAUGUUGCCAAUUCCGUUGUGAUGAUACAGCCUUCAUUGAUUUCUUACUCAUUUCAUUCAGGACCAGAGCCAGCACUAUUAGAUGUAGCUGCCAUUGCAGCUGACAGGAUUCUGCUUUUGGACUCCUAUUUUACUGUUGUCAUUUUCCACGGUGCUACUAUUGCUCAAUGGCGGAAAGCUGGCUACCACAAUCAACCAGAACAUCAGGCAUUUUCCCAAUUGCUACAAGGUCCUCGUGAUGAUGCGGAUGCAAUAAUAAAAGAAAGGUUUCCAGUACCUCGUUUAGUGAUUUGCGAUCAACAUGGUUCACAGGCUCGCUUUCUCCUAGCAAAAUUAAACCCGUCUGCUACAUACAACACUGAUUCUCCUCUUCCAGGCGGUGAUAUUUUAUUCACAGAUGAUGUGAGCUUUGAGGUUUUCAUGGACCAUCUCCAGAGACUAGCAGUUCAAUAACUAUUUGAAUGAUGGCAAUUUCGUGAACCUUACCUGACAUAUUUGUACAGUCAGUAUACGGGUUAUUUUAGGCUGCUUCUUUGGUUUAAUCAUUAAACUGAUUCUAAUGUUUUUGAUCCAGUCUACGUUAAUUUCAACUCAGGCAUAGCAUUGCGAUAUAACCUGCUUGCAAUCACAUCGCAAUUUUUUUCAUUUUUUUAUGAAAGGCUGAGUUUCAUUGAUUGAAGGCCA